UGACACGGUGUCUAUGUAAACAUUACAUCUCACAAAUGGUUGAAAGUGGUUUAGGAUAUUCCACUUGAGUUUCGUUUUAGUCAUUGCAACUAACGAAGAUGAAGGAUUACUUGACACUGUUGAGUAUUGUUUUUCUUUGCUAUUUUCUAGCAGGGGCAGAAUCGAAGAAUGUGCUUGUUUUGCUUGCGGAUGAUGCAGGAUUUGAGACAAAAGUAUACAACAAUAGUGUGUGUAAAACACCAAAUCUGGACAAACUGGGAGAGCGAAGUCUAAUCUUCAGGAAUGCCUUCACAUCGGUCAGCAGUUGUUCACCCAGCCGCUCGGUGGUGCUGACAGGUUUGCCCCAGCACCAGAAUGGCAUGUAUGGGCUAUACCAGGGCUACCAUCACUUCACAAGCUUUGACGAGGUACAAAGUCUGCCCAAGAUCCUGCAGGACCACAAUAUUAGAACAGGAAUAGUUGGCAAGAAGCAUGUUGGCCCCGAGGAAGUGUACCCGUUUGACUACGAGAUGACCGAGGAACAGCACUCCAUUCUCCAGGUGGGCAGGAACAUCUCAUACAUGAGGAACCUCGUGAGGAAAUUCCUCCAGGCUAACGACUCCAGGCCAUUUUUCCUGUACAUCGGUUUCCAUGACCCUCAUCGUUGUGGCCACGAGAAUCCCAAGUACGGUACCUUCUGUGAGAUGUUUGGGAACGGGGAACCGGGCAUGGGUACCAUCCCUGACUGGGAACCAGUGACCUAUAACCCCUCAGAGGUCGAGGUGCCCUACUUUGUGCAGGACACACCCGCAGCCAGACUGGAUAUUGCCAAGCAGUACACCACCAUUAGUAGACUGGACCAAGGAGUGGGUCUCAUGCUAGAGGAGCUGGAGCAGUCAGGGCAUGCAGACGACACUCUUGUGCUGUUCUCUUCAGACAACGGCAUUCCAUUCAUCAAUGGACGAACUAAUCUGUAUGAUUCUGGUAUGGCAGAACCAUUUUUGCUGUAUUCACCGUUCCACAUCAAGAGGCAAGGGCAGGUCAGUGAUGCAUUGGUCAGUCAUGUGGAUAUCACUCCAACCGUUCUAGACUGGUUCAACAUUUCAUAUCCAACUUACACAGUCAACAACAAACCAGUCCAACCCACUGGCAAAUCUCUACUUCCUGUCCUAGAUAUUGAACCCAAGACUGGUUUUGACACAGUGUAUGCCAGUCAUAACCUCCAUGAGGUUACAAUGUACUACCCAAUGCGUGUCAUCCGUAACAGGCAAUACAAGUUAAUUCAUAAUCUGAAUUUUAAAAUGCCAUAUGGUAUUGACCAGGACUUCUUCAUUUCUGAUUCAUUUCAAGAUAUUCUGAACAGAACUCGAGCUGGAGAGCCGACCCACUGGUUUAAAACAUUGAGUGAAUAUUACUACAGGGCGUCAUGGGAGCUCUUUGACAUUCUGAAUGACCCCAUGGAGAGAAAAAACCUUGUCAAUCACCCGGAUGACAAAUACCAGGACAUCUUUCAGGAGUUGAAAGGUCAACUGUUGUUAUGGCAGAACCUGACCUCUGAUCCCUGGAUCUGUGCCCCCUGGGGGGUCCUGGAGGAUGCUGGGCCCUACAAGAGUUCACCUCAGUGCUUUGACCUUGACAAUAACCUUGAGGGUCGCAGGGAACAUGGAGAAUUAUGAAUGAAGAAUUAGAAGCAGAAGUACAAAAUCUCGUUACAGAUCUGGUAUUUAAAUGCAUGUUCCUAAAGUGUCUUCCAGAGUAGCCUGUGCAGUCCACACAAGCAAAUCAGGAACAACACUUUUUGCCAAUACUAGAUUUCCAUUUAGAAGAGAAUUUGAACAAAAUUUCCAUAAACUGGAAAGUGGCGUCCGCACAAGCUAAUCUGGGACAAUCCUUGAUGCAUAUGCGUUGGUAGCACUGUUUUCACAGAGCGAGGCUCAGAUGCCUCAUUCCUAUAAUCAUUCUGGCAUUGGUUUUGGGAUAAAAAAAUCAGGUACAUGCAGUAUUAUGAAUGAAGGAUUCCAAGCAAUGGUUCAAAAUAUCUUUAGAGAUCUGGACGAAAAGGCAAAUAAUUAUUGUUAUCUUGGUAAUUAAUGUCUGUUUUUAAUAAGCAAUCUGGCGCUUGUUUUGUCAUACAGUUUACAACUAGAUGGAAUAUUUUCCAUGAAUAUCAAAGAAAUGUCACAUAUUAAGGUUAUUGUUCUUUUACCAAACGUCUUUUUUUUCUGGGUUGACUCUGACGAGUGUUUACAAAGUGUAAUCUACAAUUUGGAAUCCCAGACUUCACUUUGAAAUCCAGCAUGACUGAUAAUCUGACUGACAAGUUGUAAGAUGAACUUUUACAGGCUGUCCUUGGGUGGGUGGACUCAAAUCAUGUAGAAAAGAAUGGUAUAUAUCUAUUAAAUAAUUUUAUUUUUUAUUUAAAAUAGUGCUACAUGUCUAAUGCAUAUUUAAGCUAUGCUGAUUUUGCUGAAAGAAAUACCUAUUCAUUGUACAGAAAAUUACAUGUAACAAUAUUUCAUAUACUAUAUAUGACAUUUUACAAUAAAACAAUAAAGUACAACACAAA